AUGGCCAAGAGCAAGGGCAACUUGGCUGCCUACAAGGCUGUUUCUGAGAAGGAGCAGCAUGUGGCUGAGGGCCAGUUGGCUGCACCAGCCCUUUCAGAGUGCAUUGAGGUGGUUGCACCUGGGGAAGCUGGCCAGACAGGCCAGAAGGCAUUCACUUUGCCAUAUGGUGUGUGCACUUUGCCAGACUUACAGCAAAGGGCCUACAUCAACAAAGAUGGCAAAGCUGAAUGGGUUUGGGCCAGGGUGCACAGCUACUGCCAGAUCCAGAAGGAACCUGGCAGAAUGCUGAUGCACAGCAAAGAUGCACUCCUGAAAGAGCUGGGAGAGCUUCAGGUGCCUGAGGCUGGCCUCCAUUACAGGGGCAUGGACACACCAGCUGGUGAGUCUGACUGGAAGGACCACACUUUGGAAUCCUCAACUUUGCUUGGGGCCUUGGUGUACCUCUCCAAAUUGAGACAACUGAAGGAAAAUGCAAAAGUCAAAGCCAUGAAGCUCCUGUUGGAGCUGGCAGGGAAAGCCUUGCCAUUUGCCAACCUACAGCAGCCAGUGCCUGCCAUGCUCCAAAGGCCUACUGGCCCCAUGGCAAGUGCCCAGCUCUUCUUCACACCCCAGGGCCUGACACAGGAUUGGGGCAAGUUGCUGGCACUGUCACCAGGGGGUGCUGAGCUGUGGAAAAGGCUUGGAACCAGGACUUGGCUGAAUAGAUGCAUUGCAUCUUCCUUGGAAAAUGCAACAUUCCAAGAUAUCCUCUUCUUCAAUGCCUACCUCAUGUGCCACCCCAAGGUGAAAGGCACCUGGCUGGAUGCCCUUGCUUUGGCCAUGAAGGAGGAGCCACUUCAGAUGCUGCCCAUUCUGAAGACCAAAGAAGGCAAUGCCAGGCUGCUGGCAGAUCCAGUGAACCGCAUGCUGCUUCUGUGGAAGCUUAGGAGAAGCAAGCAGCAUAGGUUGGAGAUAGCUGGCACACAUGGUGAUCUGGGUGGCAACACCAUCAGAAUGAUGAGGUAUGAAGCAUAUCUGGAUUGCCUUUUGCACAGCAAGGCCCUUGAGUAUGCUUUCAGUGGCUACAAGCAAGUCUGUGUCUCCUGGGACCCCAGCUCCUAUGGUGGCAAAGACAUUUUCAUUGGAUGCUUGUAUGUGCCACAGUGCAACCAAGCUGCAUACCUCAUGAGCCAGCAUUUGGGUGCCACCUACCUUGGAGAAUUGGAUGGGUCAUUGCUUGAGCUGGGCCAAGCCAGAAAACUCACCAGACUUGAGGGCUACAGGGAGGUCAAAGGCCUAAGCUCAUCACUGGAAGGUGUGGGGCUGUCUUUGAAGGACUUCUUUGUGCCUGAAGGACUGGUGCUCAGGCCUUUGGCUCCCCAUGAGCUCAGGAUUCAAGGUCCAGGUGGGAGAUGGUACAUCCAAAAUGAAAAGACUGGAGAGACCAAACCUGAAGCCCCAGAGGACUUUGAUUUUGGGGCUCUUCCUGCUCUCAUCUCCAUUUCAGACCAAGGGCCAGCAAACACAGCUGCACUCAACUACUUGAUGUUUAGCUCCAAGGCUUUGCUUCUGUGGUCCCUAUGGGACCCUUACCACAGAGCUUGGAACGACCUCAAGUUGGCCCUCAAGCGCUGUGCUGGUGAUGGGUGGAGAACAGUGCUAGAACUCACCCUGGUUGCCAAUAUGAACUAUGGCCCAUUUGGAAGUGGCAGUUGGUUCUUCAAGAAGAAAGCCAAAUUGCAAGACUUCCUGAUGACCAGGGAUGUGAACAGUCCUGCCUGGAACAACUUCCAGCAUCUUAUUUGUCAAGAAAGAAGGGUUUCUGAACCCAGCAAUCUGGAAGAAGCACAGGAACUGUUCACUGAGAUGGCUAGCCUGCAAUCCUUCAACACCAAAGGCCCAUUGGUGAAGCUCAUGCGCUGGUUCUCAUUUUUCGAGUCAAUGGCAUUCCUGGAUGGUGAGUUUUAUAUGACUAAACUCAUCCUUCUCCAUGCUGCUGAGAAAGCAGAUGCUGGCUCAGAGGCAGAGAUUGAUGAGGGCUUGCCACAGGAAAAAGACCACAAGAAGGAGCUUGCAGAGCUGAAAAAACGCAAGGGCACAUGGAGGUUAGCCCCAAGCCUCAUCAAUGGCAAAUCCCUUUGCAUGAAGGACUGCAUCAUGGCCUGUGGGAAGGCAAUAUGGCAGAACUUCUCUGAGAGAGCAAGGGAGGUUUGCUCCCCCAUGCGGGUGAAGGAGCUGAACAUAGCAUGUGCUCAGAGCACAUUCUUACCUUGUGAGCUCUUGGACAUGUUGGAAUCUUCUUUGGAGGAGGAGAAAUGCCUGAAGCACCUCUUUCCAGAAUUCCAAGGGCAUGAAAGUGCCAUGACCUGGCAUUGUGACCUCUUGGCAAAGCUCCUGGAGACCAGGGCAAUGAGCUUGGCUGUCUUCUACCUGAUGCCACCCAGCCUCUACUGCCACCUGCUGUCCUAUGACCCUGAGGUGUCCAGGGAAGCACAUGACUUGGCGCGGAAGCAUUGGGGCAUGUUGCUAGCAGCUGAGGAGGCCCAUGCUGCUGGUGCAACAGUCAAGCCUUUGUCCAGCAUUUACUGGAGGUUCAGCCCACUCAUCAGGGCUUUGUUCAUGGCUUUUGAGGAAGAUGCCCGCAAGUGCCUAGUGUACACCACACAAAGUCAAGCCAUGAGAUUGCAGCUGCUCUUCACUCAGGCCAGCAAAUCCAAUUCCAUGUCGAAUGUGAGCAUUAUGGCCAAUGUCUUGAGAUGUGGUGUACUGGAGGGCAGGAAAGUCCCUAUGGUUGCUGCCAAGGAGAUCAUGAAGGCAACUGGCAUGGCCUGGCAUUCCAAGAACAAGGAGCCUGUGGUUCAAAAGUUGAGAACUCAUGGGAAGAAGCUGCCUGUGGAAUUGCAGCAGAUGAUGGCACCCAACAAAAAGGGCAAUGAGCAGUGGCCAUCUCCAAGCCCUGGCUCUUUGUUUCAAAGCUGUUGCUCCACAGACUGGCUCUUCCAUUACUUCUCAGACCAAGCUGCCACAGAUGCAGAUGUCAAUUCUGCAUGGCUUUCUUGCCUUGCCAGGCCAGGGGCCAUCUUGGCACAACAAUCCACUUCAUCAGUGGUCAUGGUCAUUGCUUCUGCAGAGUACAGCUUCUUGGGUGUGGCCAUGGAGGCCAAAGUGGGCUUGACAUUGGAAAGGACCUUCCACUGUGUUGUGAGGCGGGAUUCCAUUGGCUUCCACCACAUCACAGACUUGGAUGAUUGGUUGGAGUUGCAGGUGGAGCCUUGCCUCACCACAGCAGGAGGAACUAGGGGCCCCAUUGGUUGGCGGAAGAUUGCUGAGCCUCUCACCUUGGAUGCAGCUGCUUUGCUGAAAGGCAUCACCUUGACAUUUCUGCAGCUCAAGGAUUUGGUUGUGGCAUUGGGGGGCUCCAAGAAAGGCAUAGCUUCCAAGAAGGCUGCCAUAGAGCUCCUCAUCACCAUGGCCUUUGCUGCUGACAAAGUGGAAGAGGUGAAGGCAAUGUAUGCUGCUGAAGAGGAAGCCAGGGGUGAUGAGCAGAUGGACUCUGAUCUCUCUGAAUUGGUCUCUGAGCUUGGGCAAGAUGAUGCCAACACCCAAGACCUCAAAGACUUGAAGGAGAAGAAGCAGGCCUACAGACAAAAGAAAGCCCUCAAGAAGGCAGAGCAGCAGGUGCUGCUGCAGGGCAAGGAGAAGUCCAGGAGGGCCAAAAAGCUGGCUGCACAAAGGGACCAAGGAGCAAUGGCUGAGAUUGUCAAGCAGGAAAGGCAUGUGGAAAUGGAGGUGGCAAAGGAGAUGACUGAUGAUCCAGAACAGGUGAGAAAGGCUAAGGCUGCUCCUGCUGAGGAGGCUGAUGUUGACAUGAAUGAUCUAUUUGGAGAUGCUGUGCCAGAAGGCCCUGAUGCAGGUGCAGCACCUUCUUCUUCGUCUGGGCCUCAUCAAAGGGCCCCAAAGACUUACAAGUCACCUGAUGACAUCUUGGGCCUCCUGAACCCACCAGGCUGCAAAUUCACCUUGAGUGGCAUGGACCACAGGUUCAAGUCUGAGUGGGAGGAUGACCUCCCUGAACUGGAUCAUCCAUACAGCCAAAAGAGAUUCUCUGCAUCCUUUGCUAAAAGAAGAACUUGGCAGGAUGCCCUGAGCCUUGUGCAUGAGCGAAAUUGGCAGAAAUGGAACCUUGUGAAAGAUGAGUAUCUGCUGGGUGAAGGUGAGGAGCCACAGAAGCCUGGUGUGAUUCCACAGGAAUUGCAAAAUCUUUUGCAGGUGGAAAUUGCCAAGCUUGGGAAGCCAAAAACUUAUGCCAAGGGUGCUGCUGGAGAAGAUGACACCCAGAUGGCAGAGUGA